AUGGUUCGCAAUUGCGAACAGCACAUGAUUGCUUUUGCAAUCACUUGGUUUCGCAUUUGUGAGCCUUGUCUCGCAUUUGCGAUGCUCCCAAUUGCGGCAUCUGCAGGGAAGACGCAGCUACCAAAGAACUUGAAUAUAAAAGCUGUUUUUGUGUUCGGAGAUUCCAUCGUUGAUCAAGGAAAUAAUAACAAUAUAACAACGCUGAUCAAAUGUAAUUUUCCACCGUACGGGAAAGACUUUAUUGAUGGAAAGCCAACUGGAAGGUUUACUAAUGCCAAAACGCCAGCGGACUUGAUAGUUUUGACUUUAUUAAUUCUGAUAUUCACAUCAGUGGAAGAACUGGGAAUUAAAGAGCUAAUGCCAGCUUAUCUUGACCCCAAAUUGCAAGCUGAAGAUCUUAAAACUGGAGUAAGUUUUGCUUCAGGAGCUUGUGGAUACGACCCUCAAACAGCUGCCAUUGCGUCAGUAAUACCACUAUCAACACAAUUGAAUCAUUUUCAAGAAUAUGUUGGGAAGCUAAAGGGAUUAGUUGGAGAAGAAGAAGCCAACACCAUACUACACAGCAGCCUAUACUUUGUGGUAGCCGGCAGCAAUGACCUAGCUAACACAUACUUCACCAUCGGACUUCGCCAAAAACAGUAUGAUAUUAACUCAUAUACUGAUCUUAUGGUGGAUGGAGCUGCAGAUUUUAUCCAAGAAUUGUACAAGUUGGGAGCAAGAAAGAUAGGGGUAUUUGGGAUUCCACCAGUUGGGUGCUUGCCAUUCCAGAGAACAGUGAGUGGAGGAAUAUUUAGAAUGUGUGUGGAGGAAUACAAUGAAGCUGCACUAUUGGCCAACACUAAGUUAUCAGCUGCCAUUAAUGAUUCACUAUCCAAGAAAUUGCCUCAAUCCAAGCUCGUUUUCAUUGACCUCUAUGAUCCUAUGCUUGAUCUCAUCAUCAACCCUAAAAAAUAUGGAUUUGAAGUGGUAGAAAAAGGAUGCUGUGGAACAGGAAACAUAGAGGUGCUAAUGCUAUGCAAAUACGGUGGGACAUGUGAAGAUGACACAAAAUAUUUGUUCUGGGAUAGUUAUCAUCCCACUGAAAGAGGCUACAGGAUCCUUGUUGAUCAAAUGAUGAAAAAGUAUAUCAAUAGUUUCACAUAAUCAUGAAUAUCAGAUUGCUUCAUUACCGUCCUCUCAUAUCUGUAUUUGAUUGAAAUAUUUUUUAUGUUCUUUACAGAGUGUGUUUGUAUCCUGUACAAGUUUGAACCUUUUUUUUUCGUUUACACCUAGACAUUUUGUUUU